AUCAAAAAUGAACCAAGAAACAGCAACAACAACAACAACAACAACACCCCUAUCACAGCUCCCCACCACCAAAAAGCUCACUCGCCAUGAAAAAGGCAGCAAAAAACCACACCAGAAAUCCUUCAACCCGCUCCAAAUCGGCAUCCAAGACUUUGUGACAAACAACAUCCCCCCAGAAACACUUUCCCAAUAUGGCCUCUCACCAGAGACCCUACAAACAAGUCUCCCAAAACGCUUCACAGUCUAUGAGCCCAUGCUCCUCCUCCCCGUGAAUGCCUUCAGCAGCCCUUCAGCCUGGGGCGCCCUGUACCAAUCUCUAACAGCCCCGCAGCAACAGGCCCUCUACGCCUCGCUGGUAAAGGCCUUCAGCCGCAUGGGCGUAACGCACGUUGCCAUCAACGCGCCCAUAGCGCUAACAGACACACAAGGCCACGAGAACCGCAUGCGCAGUCCCGCGGGCCUUGUCCCGCUGUACGGCGACUUUGGGCCUCCUGCUGGUGCUAGUACUGAUUCUUCUUCUUCUUCUUCCGCUGGUGAAGAGUGCCAACCGAGUGACGAGGACCUGGAACGGGCGUUCUGGGUGCGCACGAUGCAGAACCAUGGGAUUGUGCAGGUCUGGGCGCCGCUUUAUACGAUGUUCUCGCGCGGGAACGUUACUGAGAAAGCGCGGGUUUUGGGCCAUGGGCCGGCGCCGUUUGAGGGGCUGGAAGUGGGCGAGUUGGGCGGGCAGACUCUUUCGGAUGUGGGCAUUGUGGAUAUGUAUGCUGGGAUUGGGUAUUUUGUGUUCUCGUAUUUAAAACGGGGGGUGAAGCGGGUUUGGGGGUGGGAAAUCAAUGGGUGGUCGGUUGAAGGGCUUCGACGAGGGUGUGAGGAGAAUGGCUGGGGGUGUAGGGUUGUUAGAGUCCGCGAGGAUGGAGGGUUGAGUGAGAGUUUGCUGGACUUGGUGGGCAGCUUGAAGGAUACAGAUCGCGUGGUCCUCUUUCAUGGAGACAAUCGGUUUGCGGCAGAUAUUUUGAGGGAGAUUCGUGGUGUGAUGGAGGGGAAGGGGAAGGAGAAGUGGAAUCGCAUUCGUCAUGUUAACUUAGGGCUUCUUCCGACGUCUGUUGAUGCGUGGGGGAAUGCGUGCAGGAUGAUUGAUGCGGAGUUGGGCGGUUGGGUCCAUAUGCAUGAGAAUGUGGACGUCCGCGAGAUCGAGCAGAAGAAGGGGGAUUUCACGUUGGAGAUUGGGAGGUUGCGGGCUGAAGCUCUUGGGAUGCAGGAUCCUGCUGUUGCUUUGGCGGAAUGUCGACAUGUCGAGCAGGUCAAGACUUAUGCGCCGGGGGUCAUGCAUUGCGUCUAUGACAUGAAGCUGCUGGCUUGCAGUGAGUUGCAAUAGAAGACCGCUCGUUGAACGGAUCAUGCACCCUUAUAGACUGAUCAGGCUGGUCCUGAGAGUUCCUUCAUCGGUUCUUUUCCGGUUGCAAUCGAUAUGAACCUGUUUGCCGCC